CUCUACCGGUCCCUUCAGAGGAGCAAGACGGACGAAGCCGAGCGGAAGCGUCUCAUGAGGUUUUAUGAUGAAGUGGACGCCAUCAUGACGCACGCCCCAAACGGCUCGCUACCUGGCAGGUGGGCUGCUGACACCUUGCAUUCGGGCCCACUUCCAGUCUUGCAGAUCUGUGAGGAAAACCAUCGGGUUGACGUUUGCUUAGCAAAGUCAAGCAGAGGAGCAGCAGUGGAGGAGAAAACUUGUCAUAGUGAUUCUGGCCUACUCACAGACACUGAUGAUCUGAGGCUGCGAGAAAUCAGGGAGCAUCAGUCGGAUCAACAUCACAACCCAAAGAGCCCCUCUGAGAGUCUGGUGGGAAAAGACGUCAACUUUCCAGCAAACAGAGGAACGAAGAGAAAAGCUGUGGAUCAAGACUCCACAUACCAGAAACCAGCGAAACUACUGAAUGCAGGCCGUGCUCAGGUGGAGGCACAGUGCAAAGAGGAGCAGGAGCAUGUUCCCAUAAUAAAGAUCAAAUCCGUGUGCUCCAUGGCCCACUCUAAUCCACCCCCGAAAACACAGGACAGUUUGGGACCGAGCAACGCGAUGGCUUCCAGCACAGAGUUGAACAUCGGCCAGAAGCUGAGUGAGGGGAAGACGAAGCAGAUUUUCGAGCUGGUGGACCAGCCGGGACUGGUUCUGGUGCAGUCCAAAGACCAGAUCACCGCUGGGAAUGCAGCGAGGAAGGAUCAGAUGGAGGGCAAGGCUGCCAUCGCCAAUAAGACGACUUGCUGCGUGUUCAAACUUCUCCAGGAAUCCGGCAUUAAGACUGCCUUUGUGCAGCAACAUUCAGAGACGGCGUUCACCGCUGCCCACUGUGAGAUGAUUCCCAUUGAGUGGGUGUGUCGCAGAGUGGCGACUGGGUCCUUUUUGAAGAGAAACCCGGGAGUCAAAGAGGGUUACCGCUUCACCCCACUGAAGAUGGAGAUGUUCUUCAAAGACGACGCCAACAACGAUCCUCAGUGGUCCGAGGAGCAGGUGCUGGCGGCCAAGUUCAGCCUGGCUGGGCUCACCAUUGGUCAGUGUGAGGUGGACAUCAUGAACCGCAGCACAGUGGCCAUCUUUGAGAUUCUAGAGAAGGCUUGGACUACUCAGAACUGCACGCUGGUGGACAUGAAGAUUGAGUUCGGUGUGAAUGUUAAAACACGGGAGAUUGUUCUCGCUGACGUCAUCGACAACGACUCGUGGAGGCUCUGGCCGGCUGGGGAUCGGAGCCAGCAGAAAGACAAGCAGGUGUAUCGAGACCUGAAAGAAGUUACACCAGAAGCGAUGCAGAUGGUGAAGAGGAACUUUGAGUGGGUUUCUGAAAGGGUCCAGCUCCUCCUGGAGCCCCAAGCCAGCGGCCGGGUGGUUGUUCUGAUGGGCUCCACCUCUGACAUGGCUCACUGUGAAAAAAUCAAGAAGGCCUGCACCUCCUACGGACUCCCCUGCAUCUUGAGGGUCACCUCUGCUCACAAAGGCCCAGAUGAAACACUCCGUAUUAAAGCAGAAUAUGAAGGUGAUGGAGUUCCUACCAUAUUCGUGGCUGUAGCUGGCAGGAGUAAUGGCCUGGGGCCGGUGAUGUCUGGAAACACCGCUUAUCCCGUCAUCAACUGCCCCCCUCUCACUCCAGACUGGGGAGCGCAAGACGUUUGGUCAUCCCUCCGUUUGCCGAGUGGCCUGGGCUGCUCCACGAUCCUCGCUCCUGAUGCCGCGGCUCAGUUUGCGGCGCAGAUCAUCGGCUUGAGCAACCACCUGGUGUGGUGCAAGAUCAGGGCCUCCAUGCUCAACACAUGGGUGUCUCUGAAGCUUGCUGACCAAAAACUACAAGCUUGUAGCCUCUAAGUAGCUUAGACCGACUUGUGCCCUAAACCCAUAUCAUGCCUUUGUCCUUUAACUGUAGAUCUUCCUGAAUCAUUCCAUUAAAACAAGAAUGAAUAAAAUGCCCAUUUAUUUUG